AAUUGAAACUGCAGUGAAACAAAGGCAUAAUUUUUGAGUGAAGAAGAAAAUUCCCAAUGAUUGCAACACGUUCUGCUUUGAUGCUCCUCAAUCUCCAAAACCCACCAAUUCGCUACCAAUUGUUCUCCCACUUCAAACAUGCUCACACCUCGCUUUCUCUAUUGAAAGCUCGAUCUUUUUCUGUAACAAGAGCCUUUGGAAGCGCUGUUGCAUCAUUAUCACCAGAAGAUUCCAAGGGCAGAGACACUUUCUUUGCAGAAGAAAACGUUUUGUGGAGUUCACUUGGUCUCUCUGAUACCAUUUCUCGAGCUCUCUCUAACAUUGGCCUCAAAAGACCCUCUCUCGUUCAGGCUUCUUCUAUACCAUCUGUGCUGUCAGGGAAGGAUGUAAUUAUUGCAGCUGAGACUGGUAGUGGUAAGACAUACAGUUACCUUGUUCCUCUAAUUGAUAAGCUAAGGGACAGCCAGGAACAUUCUCUACAUGCUGUAUCUGAUCAACAAUUGUCUAGGUCCCGGAAAGUUCUGCUCGUUCUUUGUCCGAAUGUGCAACUAUGUGAGCAGGUAGUUAGGAUGGCUAACAGUCUCUGUGGAGACAAUGGUGAAACUAUAGUUAGUGUUGCAGCCAUUUGUGGCAGACAGGGAUGGCCAAUUCGGGAACCUGAUAUCAUUGUAACAACACCUGCUGCUCUUCUGAAUUAUGUCGACCCUGAUAGGACCCGCCGCAUGGAAUUUAUGCGUGGUGUUAAAUACGUGGUGUUUGAUGAAGCUGAUAUGCUUCUCUGUGGGAGCUUCCAGAAUAAAGUAAUCCGCCUGAUAAAUUUACUCCGCUUUGAUGAAAAACUCUUAUCUAAAGAAUCAGUAGCAGAGUUACCAAUGAAACUGGAGUCGUCCUUGUCAACAGAUGAAGCUUUAAAAGUUGAAGAGGAACUUCCAACCGAAGCCAUCUCAGAGGAGGAGGAGGAUGAUGAUGAUAAUGAGGAUAUUGUUGAUAUUAAUAAUGAAGCUGGAUCUGUUAAACGAAGAGACUGGAGGAGAGUGAGGAAGUAUUAUGAACGUAGUAAACAGUAUAUUUUUGUUGCAGCUACACUUCCAGUGAAUGGAAAGAAAACAGCUGGAGCAAUAUUGAAACAUAUGUUUCCUGAUGCUAACUGGGUUAGUGGAAACUAUCUUCAUUGUCACAAUCCAAGAUUGGAACAAAGAUGGAUAGAAGUUACGGUUGAUACACAGGUGGAUGAACUCAUAAAGGCUGUGAGUCACGAUUUCAGAUCUGAAGAUUUGGACAAUGCUGGUGGCAUUCGCAGAAUAAUGGUGUUCGCCAACACUGUUGAGGCUGUUGAAGCUGUGGCAAAGUUAUUGCUCCGAUCUGGGAUUGAAUGUUCAUGUUAUCAUAAGAAUUGCACAUUGGAGGAGCGAGCACAGACCUUAGUUGAAUUUAACGAGAAAGGUGGUGUUCUUGUAUGUACUGAUGCAGCUGCUCGUGGUGUUGAUAUUCCAAAUGUCUUACAUGUUAUUCAGGCAGAUUUUGCUACUUCUGCAGUAGAUUUUUUGCAUAGGGUUGGUCGUACUGCUAGAGCUGGUCAAUUUGGACUUGUUACUAGUAUGUACACUGAAUCCAACAGGGAGCUUGUUGAUGCAGUUCGUCGAGCAGGGGAGCUUGGUCAACCUGUGGAGAUGGCGUUUAGCAGGAAAAGAAGCUUCCGUAAUAAGCUCAAAAAGAGGGCUGCUAACAAAGUCAGAGAUUCAGCAACCAUUAAAGAGAGUGUUGUAGCAUGACAAUACAUGGGUGAUGUGUUGUAUCUGAAGCAGCAAGGACCAAUGAUAGUGUGAACAACACUAUGGGCUUUUGCUUCGAAGUGUACCAGCUGUUACACAUCUACAUGCCUCAAGAGUAAAUGGCACACAUGCAGCAUGCAUUGAAUGGCAUUUUCCCAUCACCUUUUACUACUGUGUAAAGUAUGAAAAAUAUCCAGUGGGGUAACAUGAUCAUUAAUGUCUGCAUUAAUUAAGUUUCUAGGAAGGUGCUAAUAGUGGGAAACGUUUUCAGGGCCAGUUAAUUUACUUGGUUCUUAUCCUUUUCUUCAUGUAAAUUAUGAGACGAUUGUACUGCUCUCUAUAUUUCUUCUUCACUACGUAUAAUUGUAAUGCAUAAUUCUAAUAAGUCAUAC